AGCAAGCCCAUGUUAUCUUGUUCUUUUCCUCCACUAUGUUUUUUUUUUUUUUGCAAUUAUCUUUCUUAUUUAAAAGAUGAAGCAAGCAAACAGAAUCCCCUCUUUUGAUCUUGGUUUCAAUAUUCAUCAUCAAAUCACUGGUCCUCCUUUUAUAGAAAUCUUAGAUCUGCUUUUAACACAAGGUUUUGGUGGAGAAGAAGAAGCAAAGACGACGGUGUAUAAAUACAAGAGUAGAAGAAGAAGAAGAAGCAAUUAGAGGGAGAGUUAGUGAGCAAGGUGGAUCGAAGGCAAGGGAAGAGGUCUCUCCCUCCUCAUGAGGAGAAAAAAGAAGCUUUCAACUUUCCUAUUAUUCAUCCAACACCAUCUCAAAAUCGAAAGGAACAAGCUUCACCAUCACCCUUUUCACUCCUCAUGAGUAACAACAAAAACAACACCUUCUUCCCCACCCCACAUGGCCAAAUAAGCACUUCUGAAUUUGUUAAUAGCCAAAAUCCGCCCCAGGCUACAAAUCAAGGCAUUGAUGAUAUUAGGAAAAAGCACUAUAGAGGAGUUAGGCAGAGACCAUGGGGCAAAUGGGCAGCAGAAAUAAGAGACCCUAAGAAAGCAGCUAGAGUGUGGCUUGGCACCUUUGACACGGCAGAGGCUGCAGCUAUGGCUUAUGAUGCUGCUGCAUUGAGGUUCAAAGGAAACAAAGCCAAACUCAAUUUUCCUGAACGUGUUGUUAUGCCAAUACCACCACAAACAAAUAACAAUAAUUCCACUUCUUCAUCAGCUCCUACUACACAAUCAUCUUCUUCUCUUCCACCACCACAAUCUCUACAUAAUAAUAGUUCUCUUUCAGCAGAAGGGUUUCCAAAUCUUGAGGAGUAUGCAAGGUUGCUGAGUUGUAGCGAUGAUGAUGAUUUUCAACGUGUUGCAUUGGGGCUCUACCAGCAUCACAAUAAUGAGGAUUUUAUUUGUGGUUCAUCACAACCACCACCAGUGCCGUUUUUUGUGUCCUCUUCUUCUUCUUCUUCUGCAAUGACAUCGUCAUAUUCUGAUUUUUUGGGCCAAGGAGGGAGUACUGGUUUUGAUGAAGGGAACAAGAGGGGGUCGUAGUUUUAUGUCUCUGAAUUUUGAGCACUGCAUGCAGGUUGCUUCCACAACAAUUAAGGAAGUUCAAAUCUCUCAUCUCUUUUAUGUUCUUUUGUUUUUAUUAUUCCAAUUACAAAAUAACACCUGAGGUAUAAAAUCUAUAAUACUCAUCUUUCUUCUUUUA